AAAUAAUUUAGUCUGUGACCCGAACUGACGAUUCCUCGCUUCACGAGAAAUUUCUAACCAUGUUGUGUGACAGUAGGUGAUUUAAUUUCUGAAAGAAUUGUGAAAAAGCUAAAAAUAUUACUAUUUGUAAAUAAACGAUUCAAGAAAACACCAUGUGGAAGGGUCUCAGGCUCACCCAGUCCCUGCUUUCAAAGCUGAAUUUUGGUGGACGUAAACUUCAAGCAGUCGGUGUUCCAGUUCUGGAUUCCGUAUUCGGUCAGUGGCAUAUCUUCUGUAAAAGGCCUCCAAAAGGUUUUGAAAAAUACUUUGAGCCUAAUACAAGCAAAAACCAGUCCAAGGAGUCCGACAAAAAACCCGAUGCUCCUGCACCUUCCAAAAGUUCUCCUUCAAGCCCAAAAAGUAGCACGCAAGACAAAUGGAAUAUGUUCUCAACUCCAGCAAGCAGUAGAGGUGGAGGCAGAGGCUCCUAUGAUGGUCAGGAUAGAGAAAAAUGGAUGAUGAUUGGAGCCUUGGGUAUUGUUACAUUAUUUGGUUCAAUUGCAUACUUUGAGCUCAGGUACAGAGAGAUAAGCUGGAGAGACUUUGUUAACUUAUACCUAAACAAAGGUGCAGUGGAAAAACUGGAAGUUAUUAAUAAAAAAUGGGUACGAGUUAAAUUACAAGCAGGCUCUGCAGUAGAGGGAAAGAUUGUGUGGUUUGCAAUCGGAAGUGUAGAUUCUUUUGAGAGAAACCUAGAAAAUGCUCAAAUUGAAAUGAACAUUGACCCUCCAAACUUUAUACCUGUUAUUUAUAAAACAGAGAUGGAAGCAUCUAGUCUCACAGGGAUGUUACCGACACUACUCAUUAUUGGAUUUCUCAUAUAUAUGAUGAGAAGAUCAGCUGAUAUGAUGGGCCGAGGUGGUCGCAAAGGUGGAGGUCUCUUUGGAGGUGUUAUGGAGUCAACAGCCAAGCUUAUAAAUCCUACAGAUAUUGGUGUUAAGUUUCAAGAUGUUGCAGGUUGUGAGGAAGCAAAAAUUGAAAUUAUGGAGUUUGUAAAUUUUCUGAAAAAUCCACAACAGUAUAUUGACUUGGGAGCAAAAAUCCCUAAAGGAGCCUUGUUAACUGGCCCACCUGGUACAGGAAAGACACUAUUAGCAAAAGCAACAGCUGGAGAAGCGAAUGUACCUUUCAUUACUGUUUCUGGCUCUGAAUUUCUAGAAAUGUUUGUUGGUGUUGGCCCUUCUAGGGUGCGUGACAUGUUCUCAAUGGCUCGCAAACAUGCCCCCUGCAUCUUGUUUAUUGAUGAAAUUGAUGCAGUUGGUAGGAAAAGAGGUGGUCGUAGUUUUGGGGGUCAUUCUGAACAAGAAAAUACACUUAAUCAACUUUUAGUUGAAAUGGAUGGCUUUAAUACCACCACAAAUGUAGUAGUUUUGGCUGCAACCAAUAGAGUAGAUAUAUUAGACAAAGCCUUACUCCGACCUGGAAGAUUUGAUAGACAAAUCUUUGUACCUGCACCAGAUAUCAAAGGGCGAGCCUCUAUUUUCAAAGUUCAUCUGGCACCUUUGAAAACAACACUAAAAAAGGAGAAUCUGGCACGUAAAAUGGCUGCUCUCACCCCAGGUUUCACUGGCGCAGAUAUUGCUAACGUGUGCAAUGAGGCUGCCCUGAUUGCUGCGAGAGAAUUAGCCAAUGAUAUCACAAUGAAGAACUUUGAACAAGCCAUUGAAAGAGUAGUUGCCGGUAUGGAGAAAAAGUCCAAUGUUCUGCAACCCGAUGAAAGAAAAAUAGUUGCUUAUCAUGAAGCAGGUCAUGCCGUAGCCGGCUGGUUCUUACAACACGCGGAUCCUCUCCUAAAAGUCUCCAUCAUACCUCGAGGAAAGGGUCUUGGGUAUGCUCAAUACUUGCCAAAAGAACAAUACUUGUACAGUAAAGAACAACUGUUUGAUCGCAUGUGCAUGACUCUAGGGGGUAGAGUUAGUGAAGAAAUAUUUUUUGGCAGGAUUACCACUGGAGCACAAGAUGACUUAAAGAAAAUAACACAGAGUGCAUAUGCUCAAAUUGUGCACUACGGCAUGAAUCCCAAAGUUGGUAAUGUUUCAUUUGAAUUACCACAACCAGGUGAAAUGGUUAUUGACAAACCUUAUUCAGAAAAAACUGCUGAGUUAAUUGAUUCGGAAGUCAGAGACUUAAUCAAUAAAGCUCACGAACAUACUACAAGGUUAUUAACAGAACACAAGGCUAAUAUCGAAAAAGUAGCUGAAAGAUUACUGAAACAGGAGAUUUUGAGCAGAGAUGAUAUGAUAGAGCUGUUGGGUCCUCGACCUUUCCCAGAGAAGAGUACUUAUGAAGAGUUUGUUGAAGGUACUGGUUCACUGGAAGAAGAUACAACACUACCAGAAGGACUAAAAGAAUGGAACAAGGAAAAAAAGACAAAUAAGGAUCCAGAAAGUAUACAUUCAGGUGCAAAACCCAGUAAAAACUAAGGCUAUGCUGUGUAGAUUGUUGAGUUUUAGUUGUUUUACGUGAAAUAAAUAUUUUUAACUAUAAGACUUAAAGCUUUAGUGUAUCGUCCAUAACUGAUGCAUUUGUUUGUUGUAGUCUGAGUCAGUGAACUGGAUGGGAUACAACAGCAUUUCACUAUCCGGUAUGGCAAGGAUGAAAACUUCAAGAGUAAACCACACUAGGACUGUUGAACAAUCAUUAAUCGUUAGUGUAAAGCUGUUUGCAUUUCUGUUCCUGUAUAAUAAAGUAGCUUCGUGUUAUGUUUUAAGCACUAGUUUUUUGUAAAAUAAAUAAAUUCCAGU